AUGGACUUCAUGUUGACAGAUACCGAGCGGCAACUAGCCACAGAACGGCAACUAAAAUACCAAGGUACAGCCAAAAUCAAUCUCACUGAAAUCUCUCUCCACCCAUCGGUUGAUCGGACGAUCGAUCAAAAGAACGUGGAGCGACUGUGUCAUAUAUUUCUUAAGGAUGGAUGUCAGCGACUAGAUAUCCGAAACCACGUCACCGCAAUAGUCUCAAGGCGACACCUCACGAGAGCCUGCCACGACGCAGGACUAACCCCUGAAGAGUUGAAAUCUCAUCAACGACAGUACCCCCACCUCCGUUUCUCUGGACACCCUGUACAGUGCCUCCAUGGGCAACACAGACUCAAGGCUGGCGAGGAAACUCUAGCCCCCUCAGACCAGUGGUGGAUUGUCGACUUAUAUCUGGACGAUAUUAGCCAGGACCUACAGCAUGCUCUCGUGGACGAAUACGCGAAUGAAAGACACCCGACCGACGGAGAAGUGUACCGAAAAAUCCGACAGUAUCAGCAUGAGAGCAAUGCCCUCUUUCAAAACCGCUGGUGGUCGCGGCUAUCACCGAACAAAGCCAAGCGGCUACGACAGCUCUUUUCCCAAGAAAAUACCUUCAUUUGUGCAGGCUUCGACGCAUUACUGCCCAUCCCCGGGCUCUGGAAGGGAAUGAGCUUGGGCUCCUUGAAUAGCGUAUUCGCGCUGAAGUGCGAUGAAGAGAUCGUUCACUAUCUGCGAGUUAUUUGGACAUUCUGGGCGGCCCUUGCCAAUCAUGACCGCACCUGGAUGGCCCGUAUUGACACCCAUACGGUGGACGAGCUGCAGCUAUACGCCCCUCGAGCGUCCAAAGUUGAUUGGACGACCGUGAAGGGUAAAAUCCUCAGCGGAGAGGUCUUUUCGAACUUUAGUCGAUCCGAACGCGCCUCAAUAUGGGAGAAUCUACGGUCAAAAGAAGCUUGCGAUGGCAUCAUCCCCUCCCUUCAUACCUUUUUCCGCGACAUCUCAUACCUUGAACUCUGCGCCAAUGCCGUGAAGCGCUUGGUCGUUCUGAACAAGCAGCGUCCAACAGUCCGGAGUGCACUAGUCCACAGCUUUCGGCCCCGUCACGGUGACGGUGACUAUCUGGUCCAGACGUCGGAAACUACUUUUCGCCGACAACGGGGAUCUACUACUGAAUGUAUAACGUCCGGAUACCGUCAAAUCUGGAUGUAUGCAAUGCGACACUACCCGGACAUGGCCAAAGACGUCCAGUGCGGCCAUCCGAAGGCUAACCCUGCCAGAGCGAAGGCACGAGCAAAAGCAGACGAGAGCGUUAUUCAUGACAUGGCCGCCCUUGCACAGAAGCUGGGAUUUCGGACUCCGCAAAUCAAGGAAAUUUUGAAACAAUCACCCGACCGGCAGAUCGCGCGGGCCACCCUGCUCAAAGCUCGAAAGCCGGAUCGCUAUCAUUACGAUAGUGAAACGUUUGAAUCCCUUGUUGACCGUAUAGUCGAAUGUUUUGUACUCGCGAUCCCGAAUGAGAGCCAACCAACCAUGGCGCUCGUGACUGGCCAGGCGCCAAAGUUACACGACCGCUGUGGGACUCCGCAGGAACAAGCCCAGAAGCUGGACCGUCCACACCUCUUCAUGGACCGGUUACACGCCGAAACAGUACGCCAAAAGAACCUGUCAUCGCUUGAGGUGAGACGGUGCGUUUACUAUGCCUUCUUCGGCAAACCAACUUCAGCAACAAGCACACAAAGCACCACGUUAGGGCAUUCAACCGGAAGCGAGCCUCUCUCACCUUUGUUCCUGCCAAAUGAUGACUCAGCUAUCGAAUCUGAGUCUGGCGAAGAAAUUACAUCACGGCGCAGCUUGGACAGGGGCUCAGUUUACGGCCGUCGUGACCGACCGGAGCGCCACAGAGAGCGACUACGCAACCGAGAAGAGAGACGACACCGACAGCAUGGAUGUGAACAACGUAGUCAACAAUCGGUAGUGCACACGCCAUCUCCGCCCGGGGAUCCUUUGCCCCGAACCUCCACCGGCGAAGGAUCUGAUGUGAGCGAGCCUAUACGUAUGGACAUUUCUGAGAGCUCUGAUUCGGAAGACCUCGAGCCAGAGCCAGGAAUACACACGUCAUCUCCACCCGGGGAGCCUUUGCCCCGAACCUCCAUCUGCGAAGGGUCUGAUGUGAGCGAGCCUGCAACUAUAGACAUUUCAGAGAGCUCUGACUCGGGAGAUCCUGAACCACAGCCAGGGGCGCGCACGUCAUCUCCACCCGGGGAUCCUUUGCCCCGAAACUCCACCGGCGAAGGAUCUGAUGUGAGCGAGCCUACAUGUAUGGACAUUUCUGAGAGCUCUGAUUUGGAAGACCUUGAGCCACAACCAGGGGUACACACGUCAUCUGCACCCAGGGAGCCUUCGCCCCGAACCUCCAUCGGCGAAGGGUGUGAUGUGAGUGAGCGUGCAACUAUAGACAUUUCAGAGAGCUCUGACUCGAGAGAUCCUGAACCACAGCCAGGGGCACACACGUCAUCUCCAACCAGGGAGCCUUCGUCCCCAGCCUCCACCGGCGAAAGAUCUGACGUGAACGAGCCUAUACGUAUGGACAUUUUUGGGAGCUCUGACUCGGAAGAUCUUGGACCACAACCAGGGGUGCAGUCUGAUGUUGGAAUGAAAGAACGGGAGCGUACAGAGUCAGAUGAAGAUGAGCUGGGUCGCGAAGAGCAGAAGAGAAGAGAACGAGAACCCCUUCUGAGAGGGGCGGAGGAGCAAGUUGAAAAUGAGCGGUUUGAGUGCAAAGUUGUGGAAACUGAGCAGGGGCUUUUGGUUCGCGAAGAGCUAUCAGAUGGAGAACGUCAAAGGGACGAUGCCAAAGAUGACGCUCAUGUAACGCAGCAAGAAGGGAACGAAAGAGCUACUGUCGCAAAGGCAUUAUUGGCCGAUCAUGAAGGACUUAGGACAGAAGAGGACCUAAUGGUGCCUGCAGCUACUGCAAAAGAGGUUGAGGAACUUCUUAAUGAGAUGCUCCAAGGAAAGUCAGGGUUGCGUGCUGCCAACGAAGACGCAAGUGUCCCAGAAGAACAAGUAAGUCUGGAAAGAGCCGACGCUCUCGCUCGGCUAGAAAGCAAGGCCGAAUCUAUCCCCUCUUCAGCUGGGUCCGGGGCAGAUCAUACGGCCUCUCGGCAUAUAACUGAACUCCCAGUCAACUUACUGAGCAUGGUUGCACAAUUGCGUGAGCGGAGUAGCCAGCAUGAUGAUGAGAGUGCACCACUGUCCCGCUCUGGCUAUCUGGAAACCAGUCAGCGACUGUCUAAACCAGCAGGAGUCCGAAAAUCUCGGAUAAAGGACAAGCCAACUCACCAAGACAUCCAUCGGCUUGGGGCUCGUGAUGGGGCUCUUACUGUCGAAUUAGAAGAUAUGGUUGAGGGCAGCAAUGAGAUCGUCUCUUCGGUCGGAGGACGUCUUAGCCCAGUACAUAGUGAAGGCACGACUGAGACAGCAGGCGCUGCUGAGCUAGGACCUUCUCGACAAGUCCAAGAAAGACAUGUGGCAUCCCUACUGGGUCCAGAACAGGCCCACAAGGAGGCAGUUGAAAGGCGGGCAGCCGAAGAGUCACUGUUUGACGGCCCACUAACAGAAGAUCAGACGAUGGAAGAAGCUCAGGAGAACGAGCCUAUCAGAACGGCCGCUGUCCCGUCAAAACGUAAAAAGUCUUCGUCAUUAGGGCAUGAGCAAGACGCACAGAUCCGAGUACGGGAGAUCAAAGCAGUCAGGGAAUCGAAGAGAGUGAAACAAAGUCAGGUCGGAGAAAGCGGUACGCCCGGCGCAUCACAAGUCGAGUUAGCUUUCCCACUCAGAGCAGUCAAUCUGGAGGAACGGGUGUCGGAGGGACUAGAGUCGACCGCUUCGGGCCCUGGGAGCCACGAGCAGCCAGACAACAGGCCUGAGGUUCCCGCUCCCCUGGCCCCGGAAAGCAGGGAUGGAGAACUUCCUCACGAUGUGCCCCCUGGCCAGAGAGUUACGUUAACCUUCCAUGCUUACGACUCAGGGAGGUGGACGAGGACAGACACCGUAUCUGUGAGCCUUGAUAAUCCGACUGAAGCACAGAUCAUCGCGGACCGCUAUGCGCGAGAUCGGAGCAAGAACGCGCGCUUCUAUGAUGAGGGGUUGCGGAAGGUUGCCGCCGAUGAGUGCGUCCGCGCCGCAAUCGUUGAUGGUAGCUUCAAAAUUCUCAUGAGUUUUGGCAAAGACUUAGUGGUGACCCGCUUCCUUGUUGCAUCAGUGAAGCAACUGCUCCAGAAAUGA